UUCCGUAUUCCGCGACACAUAUAUCGCCAUAAAACCCUAAUUGAAACCCUCCUUCAUUUUCCCAUUUCUCCCACACAUCAAAAUUGAAUCUGCAAACAUUGUAGAUUUCGCAGAUUGUCAUGGCCACCAGAAAGCUCGCCCGAGAUUUGUUCUUGUCGAGGCGUGUUAUUCUUCAUCGGCAGCUAUUAUUACCUCAGCAGGUUUCGAGGCCUCCAAACGCCUACCUGUUUAGGCGCGACUUCGGCGUGUUCAAUGAAUUCUCUAAGAAGAUCAAAGGGGAAGUUGAAAAAAAUCAGGAGUUGCAGAAAUCUAUUAAGGAAAUGAAAGAGAAAGCUGAAGAAUUCAAAGGGGUAACUGAGAAUCUGCAAAUGAGAACGAAGCAGACUACUGAGCAGCUGUUGAAGCAUGUAGAUGGUGUAUUGACGGAGGCUGAAGUGAAGGCGAAGAAGGUUUAUGCUGAUGUAGAAGAAAAAAUUUCGACUGCAAAAGAGGAGGUAAAAGAAAAACUUGAUUUUGGAAAGCAAAAGCCAGCAGGAGAAGAUGGAAGUGCUGCUAGUGGAAACACAAAUGAGAAAGAUGGAACAAAUGCUUCAUCUGGUGAAGAAAAGCAACAACAGUCUGAAUCUGGGGAUGGUGCAGAGUCCCUAUUUGACAGGGUCAAAUCUGGUGUCUCCUCAAUGUCUCCCAAGAUGUCAUCAGCAUUCCACAAGAUUAAAGAAGCAAAACCUGUUGACUUGGUAAAGAAGGGCUAUGACAUUGUGAAGGAUGAAUUAAAAGGCAAUCCCAAUAGGAGAAAGCGUCUUGGUUAUGAUGCUUCUUCGACUCCCACUCCCUCAGCAAAAAUUGAAAAAAGUACUCGUACUGAUAUUGUUGUGGUCCCUACAAAGCAAUCAGCAUGGAGUAAGAAAUGGGAUGCAUUCAAGAAUAAGAUGCGAGGCAAUCCUGUAUUUAAGCGUGUCAGUGGGUUUAGCGAACCUGUCAUUGAGAAGAGUCAGGAGAUUGCUGAAGAUAUGCGUGAGAGAUGGGAGACUAGUGAUCAUCCAGUAGUUCACAAAAUCCAAGAUAUUAGUGAAACUGUUCUUGGAGAAUCAGAUGCUGCCAUGUCAUUCAAAGAGAUUCGGCGCAGGGAUCCGACUUUUUCCUUACCUGAGUUUGUGACUGAGGUUCAAGAAGCAGUCAGACCAGUUCUCAAUGCUUAUUUCAAGGGGGAUGCAAAAGUUUUGGAAAAGUAUUGUAGCUCCCAUGUAAUUGAGAGGUGUAAAGCAGAGCAUCAAGCUUUGCAAACCCAAGGAAUUUUUUUUGAUAACAAGAUUUUACAUGUAUCAGAUGCUGAAGUCCGAGAGACCAAAAUGAUGGGAGAUUCUCCCAUAAUCAUUGUGGCAUUCCAGACGCAGCAGGUCUACUGUGUUCGUGAUAGACAAGGCGCGAUAACAGAAGGUGGCCAGGAUACAAUCCACACCGUAUAUUAUGCUUGGGCUAUGCAGCAGUUGGACCCGGAAGAAGCGGGAGAGGGUGCUCCUUACUCGACUUGGAAGCUCAGAGAAAUGCAGCAACUAGGUGUCCGAGCCCUCAUUUGAUUCUUUCUUCACCCUCGAGAAGAACUUUCUUCUGUCAACUGCGAUAGGAAAGCUUAUAAAAGCUAAAUGUUGGCGGAAUUUACAACUGUUAUUUUUCCUGAAAAGAUGCUCAUAAUUUUGUCCAAUGGAUUUUCCAUAACCAUUAGCAAAUAAAUUUUCAAUUGAUUGGCUAUAAA